AUGGAGCUGCUGGUCCUGCUGCUGGUGCUGCUGGGGGCUGCGGCCAGCCCGGGAGGCGGCUCCGACCCAGACCCGCACGCGCUGCGCUAUUUCUACACGGCAGUGUCGGAGCCCGGCCCGGGGCUGCCCCCGUUCAUCACAGUCGGGUACGUGGACGAUCAGCUGUUCAUGGACUACGACAGCGAGCGGCGGAGCGCGGAGCCCCGUGCGGAGUGGAUGGCGCGGAACCUGGACACGCCGUACUGGGACGGGCAGACCCAGGGCUUACAGGGCUCACAGGUCGUGUUCCAGGCGGACCUGGACACCCUGCGCGGGCGCUACAACCAGAGCGGGGGAUUUCACACUCUCCAGCUGAAGUACGGCUGUGAGCGCCGGGAGGACGGCUCCACCGGGGGGUUUUUUCAGUAUGGCUACGACGGGCGAGACUAUAUCAGCUUCGAUAAGGACCAGGAGACCUGGGUGGCGGCAGAUGACGCGGCUCAGAUCACCAAACAGAAAUGGGAGGCUGACAGGAGCAUCGCUCAGAGAUACAGAGCCUACCUGGAGCAGACCUGCAUCGAGUGGCUGGGGAAGUACGUGGCGUACGGGAAGGAGACGCUGCAGAGGAGAGAGCCACCGCGGGUGCAGGUGAGCGACCGGCCGAGCCGGAACGGGCUCACCACCCUCUCCUGCCGGGUCCACAGCUUCUACCCGCGGAAUGUGGCCGUCGUGUGGCUGAAGAAGGGGGUGGCCAUGCAGCAGGAGACGAUGCAGUGGGGGGUCCUUCCCAGCGGGGACGGGACCUACCAGACCCGGGCCACCAUUGAGAUCGACCCCAGCAGUGAGACUGAUUAUACCUGCUGCGUGGAGCACCCCAGCCUGGCGGAGGAUCUGAGAGUGCCCUGGGUGCCCAAGUCCAACGUGAUGCUGAUUGUGGGUGUUAUUAUUGAGGUUCUCGUGCUGGUCGUUGCCAUCGCUGGAGCCGUUGUCUUCCUCAGCAGUGCGUGUCAGAUAAUCCCGGGGAGCCGGGGAAGGGCGACGGCUGGGGACGGCCUCGCAGAUUCCCACACGCUGAGGAACUGUGAGACCCAGAGUAACUAG